CUUUCACUUAUCAUGACUUCUGAUUGCUUAUUUGUAAAACUUACUGAGCAUCUAUAUAAUUUAAAAACUGAGCAUAUUAUGGCAGCCACACUUAUUUAUCAAGGAUUGGAGAAGAAUCCAUGGAUUAGCAAGAAUAAACUGAGGGGCAUUGUGAAUAGAGCAGUUGACUUGAUAAAAAGUUCGACUACUACGAGAAGCGGGUAUGACAAUAUAGAUUUCCCUAUUAGCCCGCCAACAGGAAUUUUCCUCGACAGCGUGGAGGGUGUUUAUAUUGAAGACCAUAUUUGUUUCUAUGUUGAUGAUAUUGUGCCUUACAAAGCCUUAUUCUUCGAUAUCGCAUUUGAUACUAUUAGCAACUUGCUAGACGUCGGUGUAAUAAAAAUGAAUGGCAAAUCAAAGCUUUAUCAAAGAUUAUUUGCUAUUUUGAAUGGAAUGUCUACUUCGGAAUUGACUUGGGAAGACCCUUUAAGCAGUCAGGUCAUUAGAUACAAUUCAAAGCUGGUUCAGCAACUAAAUGACAAACAAAGAAAAAAAUUUAAAGUUUGUAAACUCACGUUUUUGGUAUUAAAAAAUCUGUAUCCUGUUACAAAAGUUAAAUUUAUUUCAUCAAAGAAACCCGCAGAAGAUAUGAUUCCAGCAACAAUUCCCUCCUUUCUACAAGAAGAAUGUAUUCAAUUCGUAUCAAAUUUUUCAACACAAAAUAUGUGGAGGUUACCAUAUCGGUUAUUACACACUAGGGAAUGGAAAGAAAAUGAGGAUCAGCUUAAAGAAGUUGCAUUAAAAAUUUUGGAAACAUUGGGAAUUAUUUGGCGUAACCCAGCAUUUCGUCCCGAAUUUGUUGAGUCACUAAGUGAAGGGACCUGUGUGAGCAAUGUAAUUGUUCCAUUAAUUCGCGCCACCUUAUUUCAUAAUUCUUUCGGAAAGUCUGCAUUUAUUAGCACACAGAAAAGGAGACGAGAAAACGGGAAGGCGACCCGACAUUAUGUUCGUCUGUAUGGAAGAUACGAACUGACGUACUCAGAAUGUUCUAGAAUUACCUGCACUAAGCAAAAAGAAGACGACGAUGACGUUAAAUUAUGGCGCGAAUCAAACGAUGGAAUGUACUGGGCGCAUAAAAGUCGCAGAUUGGAAAAGGAGCAAUUUGGCAUUAUAGGUAUACAG